AUGGGUAUCGAAGUGAAUCCACCAUUCUAUAUUUAUAGGAGGAUCCAAAGAAUUACUGUUCAUGCUAUACUAAAUAUUACAAUCCAAUGCCAACCCCGGCAGCACCCCUACAUCUCCUCCUCCCUCCCGAUUCCCGCCAGAAUCCCAUCGCUCGCCGCGUCGAGAAGAUCGAGGUCGGUGGGCGUCAAGAUCCGUUGCCAGGUCGCCGUCCCCACCGACGUCUCCUCCUCCUCCUCCUCCUCGUCGCCGCCGCUCACCGACGAAGAGCUCGAGGCUGAAUCCAAGGUCGGGAGGAGGAUCAGGGUCAAGUCCCCGUUGAAGGUCUACCACGUCCCCAAAGCGCCGGACUUGGACCUCGGGGGGAUGGAGGGGGUGAUCAAGCAGUACGUCGGGGUCUGGAAGGGGAAGAGGAUCUCGGCGAAUUUGCCGUUCAGAGCCGAGUUCUUCGUCGAGGCUCCUGGGCUGGGGAAGCCGGUCAAGGUCGUGGCGCAUUUGAAGGAGGACGAGUUCGAGUACGUGGAGGGUGAAUGAGGGUUGAGCUCCCGCCGGAGGAUUCGACGGGUUCGGGGGGGCUUUUGCAUAUAAUAACGUGAUGUAAGAUACUACUCUCUGUUAUUUUCAGAUGAUUUGAUAGUAAAGAGGAGAUGGUGAUUCUGUAGCUUCACUCGGGUAGGCCUCUUAUCUGCUUUACUUCCUUUUCAUGGUUAAUCCAGUGAAUUUGAAUGGAAA